CAGUGAUAUGGAAGACCCAGGGAAAUUAAUCAUCAGCAUUGACUUAGUGACAUUUAUUCAUCUUUUAUUUAUCUAAAAUCAAAAAUACUUUGGAAAUGUUGGACUAUUUGAAAGGUUUGUCUUGUGAUAUGAGAAGCAUAUAAUCAAGACAGGUACACAAUUUACAUAUUUACUGUAAACUUUCCAAGAGCCUUGGCAUCAUGUUCCAUGGACGCAAUGCCAAACAUUUUAGUGAGCUUGACAGAAGCACCACAGCGACAUCUUGUGGAGGAGAAACAACAGUGACCCGGAAGAUCCGUCACACACCGUCACUGCCGACGACAUCUUUCUGUCACAGACCAAUGUUAUCAAGAUGGCGUUACGGCCAGGAUCUGGGGGAGGUGGCAGUUUUAUUUAUCCUGGUGGAGGGGGCCUGGGACCGCCACAAGGCAUGAUGCCCAUACAGCAGCAGCAACAACAGGGAUUCCCUGGUAUGGUCCAAGUCCAAAUGCAGCCCAACAUGCAAGGGAUGAUGGGAAUGAACUUCGGAGUCCAGAUGCCUCCUGGUGCCAUGCCUAUGCAGGGUGGGAUGUCCAUGGGGAUGCAGUUCAUGGGCCAGCCGCAGUUCAUGGGCAUGAGGGGCCCCGGGCCCCAGUACACUGCCGACAUGCAGAAACAGAUGGCUGAGGAACACCAGAAGCGUCUGGAGCAGCAGCAGCGGAUGCUGGAGGAGGACAGGAAGAGGAGGCAGUUUGAGGAGCAGAAACAGAAGCUGAGGCUGCUGAGCAGCGUCAAACCCAAGGGACAGAUGGGGGCGAGUCGGGACGACGCGCUGGAGGCCAUCAAAGGCAAUCUGGACGGGUUCAGCAGAGACGCCAAGAUGCACCCCACGCCAUCCUCACACCCCAAGAAGCCAGACUCAUCGCCAUCCCACUCUUCUGUCACCUCUCACUCCCCCCCCCUUGCUUUCACCAAUGAUGAUGACGAGUUUAGUGACUUUAUGCAGGGGCCUGUAGAUGCCUCUUCCUCCUUCCCUUCCUCCUCCUCCCUCUUCCCCCCCUCCUCCCAGGUCCAUCCCCAGUCUUUAGACCCAGGUCCUAGUCAGAGACCCUCCUUCCCCCACUCCUCCCAGGCCCAUCCCCAGUCUUUAGACCCAGGUCCUGGUCAGAGACCCUCCUCCUCCUCCCAGUCCCUCCCUGCCUCUGUGUCCAUUCCUACUGCCACCCAACACUCUACUGGAAACUCCAGCUCUCAAUCUGCAUUUCAAGGCCCGUCCCUGGAAGAGAAACUGUUCUCCUCGUGUGAUUUAACGGCUGAAAAGAAGGCCCAGGUUAGCUUUAAGUCCCAGAGGACCCUGGCCCCUAACAGAGCUACAGUCUCGGCCCAGUUUCACUCCAGCACCAAGGCCCGGAACUGGGCUGAGGCUCCUGGGGACCUGAGUUCUGCCUUCACUAUAGAAACACCACAACCAGAGGCACCAGCACGGGGGCCCACAGCCCCCUCACCGCAAGCCGACACCCCUCCUCCCCAAACCAGUAGUGACGGUGCAGGUGUUGGUGGGUACCCUCAGCCCAUGGUACCAGGCUGGCUCUACAACGACAGCCUCAUCCCAGAGAUGUUCAAAAAGGUCCUGCAGUUCACCAUGACUCCGGGGGGCAUCGACACAGCCAAGCUCUACCCCAUCCUGAUGUCAUCAGGCCUGCCCAGGGAAGCACUGGGCCAGAUCUGGGCCUCAGCCAAUCGCACCACACCUGGCAUGCUGACCAAGGAGGAGCUCUACACAGUCCUGGCUCUGAUUGGUGUGGCACAGAGUGGUCUUCCAGCCAUGAAUGUGGAGAUCCUGAGCCAGUUCCCCUCUCCCCCGGUGCCCAACCUGCCUGCCCUGGCUAUGGCUAUGGCCCCUGUCAUGCCCCAGCAGUCCCCAACACCAGCAGCCCAUGAUGACUCAGCCCCCCGUCCCCGUGUCCAUGGCCAUGCCUACCCCAGCAGUCAUGGGCAGGGCUCCUCCUGGUACUCCUCUACCCUCUGCCCAACUACCCACCAACUUCAUCACCAACUUCCCACAUUUGCAGGGGAAGCAGACGAUGAUGAGUUCCAGGACUUCCAGGAGGCCCCCAGGGCAGGAGGAGGGGACCAGUCCUUCACUGAAUUCCAGGGGGAGUCAGGGGAAACCUUCCCCACCACCACACCCUCUCUGCACCAGAACAGUGCUCCUGCCAUUCUGACUCCGGUCUCUGGCUCCUCCUCGUCAUCCUCUGAUAAGUAUGCUGUCUUCAAGCAGCUCUCUGUGGAGCAGCCUCCAGAGCCCUCUCAGCCUGUCUCAGAUUUUGGCGGAGACAAAUACAGUGUGUUCCGACAGCUAGAGCCACCAGGUGACAGGAAACCAGUAGGGGAAGGAUUUGCCGAUUUCAAGUCUGUCAGCGUGGAUGAUGGCUUCACAGACUUUAAAACCGCCGACAGCAUCUCUCCACUAGACCCUCCAGACCAGGCCAAGAUGUUUCAGCCAGCCUUCCCUCCUGCUUUUCCUAACUCUCAUUCUCUACCACAACUACAACACCAGCUACAUCAUCAACAACAAUCAGCAGUGUCUCUCUCUCAGCCUAAAAACCCUCUCAACAUGGCUGACCUGGAUCUCUUCUCCUCUAUGGCUCCCUCAGCCCCCACCCCUGCUGAGACCAAGCCCAGUCCCUUCCCCUCUGUGCCCCCCUCCCUAGUGCUCCCACCAGGUGGGGCCAAGCCCCCAGGGGGAGGGGCUGAGGACUUUGGCAACUUUGCCCUCUUUGGCCCCGCCUCGUCUUCUGAGGCUGCUCCUAUUGGCACUGCUCUGGGAGGGGGCGUGGCAGCAUCUCAGGAUGACUUUGCAGACUUCAUGGCUUUCGGCAGCUCUGGGGGGGAGGCCAAGGGUGAGGGGUUGAGGUCUGGAGAGGGCAGGGCAGAGGGGAGAGGAGAGACCAUCAUCGCUCCACAGCGGCCCCAGCAGGGCUCUGACAAGUACGACGUGUUCAAGCAGCUGUCUCUGGAGGGAGGCUUGGCGUACGACGACAACAAGGAGAGUGCCGGCGGCUCGUUUUCUUCACUCAGGAGCGAAGCAGACGACUUCGCCGACUUCCAGUCGUCCAAGUUCUGCACGGCGCUGGGGGCCUCAGAGAAGAGCCUGGUGGAUAAGGUGUCAGCCUUCAAACAUGGAGGCAAGGAGGACUCGGCUUCAGUUAAGUCCCUAGACCUCCCAUCCAUCGGGGGCAGCAGCGUGGGCAAGGAGGACUCUGAGGACGCUCUGUCAGUGCAGCUGGACAUGAAGCUGUCGGACAUGGGUGGAGACCUGAAGCACGUGAUGUCAGACAGCUCUCUGGACCUGCCGGGCCUCUCGGCCCACCAACCCCCCGCCGCAGAAGGAGACGACGUGAAGUUUGACCCCUUCGGAACGUCAGCGGUCAGCAGUCUGGCCAGCUAUGAUUGGUCAGACAGAGAGGAAUGCCUGUCCGCUCAGGAUCAGGCCAAGAAGCAUCUGGGCCUGGACAGUGUUGGUGUUUCCUCCUCUCUCCCCUCAGACGUAGUCCACAGGAAGGAGACGUCGUUCGGCAGCACAGAGAACAUCCCCAUCACACACACCGCCCAGACUAAGAUCACCACCUUCUCAACAGAGGAUAGUGGGUCGACCGACAGCAAGUUUGAGGCCUUCGCUGACUUUGGCUCUUGUGAGCCGGGAGGUUUGGGUGGGGAUGAGAAUGAUGACUUUGGGGACUUUGCCAGCACGGUGUCGGAGAAGUCAGACUCCCCCGCGGCAGCGGCCGAGCCGGGCUCAGAGGGGAACCUGAACGAGGCCUCGGAUGAGUUCAGGGCCUUUCAGGGGGACAAGGCCAAGUUUGGGAAGUCUGACUUUUUGAAGGCCAGCUCUCAGACCAAGGUCAAGUCCAGUGAAGAGAUGAUCAAGAGCGAACUGGCCACCUUUGACCUCUCUGUACAAGGCUCCCACAAGCGUAGCCACAGUUUGGGGGAGAAGGAGAUUGGGCGCUCGCCCCCCUCCCCCGCCCCGGAGCAGCCCUUCAGAGACCGCUCCAGCACCCUGAGUGAGAAGAAGCCUGCCCUGCCCGUCAUCAGAGACAAGUACAAGGACCUGACUGGGGAGGUGGAGGAGAGUGAGCGCUAUGCAUAUGAGUGGCAGAGGUGUCUGGAGAGUGCUGUACAGGUCAUCAUUAAAGCCAACAACACCCUAAACAGCAUCAGCUGCUCUACUGUUUGCACUGAGGUCAUCCAGUCUGCUCAGGGCAUGGAUUACCUACUGGGUGUGGUGGAGGUGUACCGCGUGACCAAGCGUGUGGAGCUGGGGAUCAAAGCCACGGCCGUGUGUUCUGAGAAGCUGCAGCAGCUGCUGAAGGACAUCAGCCACGUCUGGAACAACCUCAUGGGCUUCAUGUCCCUGGCCAACCUGGCGCCUGAUGAGAGCUCGCUGGACUUCUCCUCCUGUAUCCUGAGACACGGCAUCAAGAACGCCAAGGAGCUGGCCUGUGGAGUGUGCCUGCUCAACGUGGACUCACGCAGCAAGAGCAAAGAAGAGACAACUAUUGGACGUCUGUUUAAAAGAGCACUGGCUAAAGACCAUGACAAGAGGUUAAGGGUAAAGGCUUUCAACUCAGAGACGGACAACUUCAAGCUGCCGUACGGGGGCCACCAGUACCACGCCAGCUGUGCCAAUUUCUGGAUUAACUGCGUGGAGCCCAAACCGCCGGGCCUCAUUCUGCCCGACCUGCUCUGAACUGCAGACAACCGCUGCCAUGGCAACGGGCGCCAGGUAAUCAACACCGGCGAGGUGCAACAGCCGGGCUCCCCACCGCACACCUCACACCUUGGGCUGCGAAUACAGAGAUCACAGAGAGACCUCAGAAGUCACUGGAAUCAUCUUUAUUUAUUUGCCUUUUAUUCUCUCUCUUUCUCUCUCAGAGGUACUCUGUGCUCUUUGCAGCGGUGAAGAAGUGCAAAUCUGCUAGUUUGUACAAAUUCAAGGCUUGACACAGUAAAGACUAUUCUGUAUCAUAAUGUAUUGUAAAAUUAUACUUUAUAAAUGGUGUCAUUUUCUCAUUUUUCCUUCUUUUUUUUCCAUUGUCUGGUCUCAUAUACAGUAUAAUGCAAUAGAAGUUACAAGUUGGCAUUUUAGCAUUGAUGCUUAUGCGACUUCUCUGGCAGGAUUUAUUUUGGCAAACAUUAUUCAGAUAAUGAACCAAUGUUGUGCUACGGUAACCCAGAGGAGGUCUAGUCCCUAUGUCAGAGCAGGGGAAAAUGUGGACACUUAUAUGAAUGGGGUAAUGGGUCUCAACGUUUUCUGUAAUGCACUCUUUCUGUGACUCAACAAGUCCAUAACAAACUAUUAAAACUGUGCAAUAUACUACUAAUGAAGGAACUUGGAGACAAACUGAAGUGUAAAGUUAUCUGUCGUUUCCCUUGAUUGUCACUUGUUGCUUUGUUACUGUUUAAUGCUUGAGGGACUGUGUUGGUGUUUCGGUCUUAAAGUAGUAUUUUGUCCUUUGUUCUUCUCGAGUCGGGGUUGUGGUAUCAUCACACUGCUGGAACUGAAUCAAUUUUACGGUCGGGUCUCUAAAAGGAUAGUCUAUGGUUGCUAACAUUUUAAUUCAUAUUUAACUUUUUAGGUAUUGUGUGACAUUAACUGCUUUUUAAUGUCUUUGUAUUGUUUGAAAAGGAUUGCUUUAUCUAAAUGAAUGUUAAUGUGCUGUUUGAAUUUUUUUGUGACAUUGGGACUUGAAAGGGAGUCUUAAUUCUUAAAGAUUGUUGGCUGUGGGUUUUGUUUUUCUGUCUUGCUGUGCCAGUGUAUAUAUACUCACACUGAUGGGGAUGUUUUGGCAGAUCUAAGUCUUGAAUGAAGUCAACUAUGAUUAUGGACUACUAUUGCAGCAGCACUUUGUGUGGAUUACAGUAUCAUAGUGUUGUAAUUACAAUGACUAACUGUAAUGUGAAGUGAUGACAUAUACAUAAAUAAUACAUUGAUGCAUAAAUUAAA